CACAACCUCUCCUGCAACCCACGCCAGGAGAACGGCGGAGGCGACCUUCUCGAGUGCUUGCGGGAUCAUUCGCGUCUGAGCUCGCCGACAGUGCUGUUGUGCCGAGUGAAGUGUUGCUAAGAGUGCCUGUGUUAGAAGCCCAGCAGAGCUCCCUCCACCGCCGCCAUGCUGAGACAACUUGCCGUCAUCUCCCUUGUUUCAAUCGCCGUGACCCUGGUGUACUCCAUGCCAUCCUUGCAUCGUUCCAAGCGGUGGGAGGAAUUCCCCAAUGUCACCUUCACGUUCGACUGCACGGACCGGCCCGUGGGCUUCUACGCCGACCAGGAGUUCAACUGCCAGCUCUUCCACAUGUGUGACGAGGACGGCCGCCGCAUCCCCUACAUGUGCGCCAACGACACCGCCUUCAACCAGGAGUUCCGCAUCUGCGACUGGCAGUACAACUUCGACUGCUCUCAGGCCCAAAACUGGUUCUACCUCAACGAACUGACCUACGUGACCGAUCCUCCCAAGUUCUAAAUGAUCACCGGAGCGUUGUUUCCUCCCUUCUUGACUGUGAUGACCCCGACGACCUGACAUGUGCUGCCUGUAACCCAGGUUGAAGGACCGCACUGGACUCCCUUUGGACUUCUCGCGCAAGUUCUCUGGGAGUCUUAAGAUCUCUGUUUUAAGAGUCCAAGAGAAUAACGUAAUUAUGGAGUUGUACCUGGGUUAACUCAACACGUCACCUGAGGGUGUAUUGAGGGGGUUCCCUCUCUUAGUUAUUUUCCUUAUUAGUGUCCCCUGGGUUACUGAGUGCCGGCACUCCGCCUGUACAUAAGUGGCUCCCUGGCACUGGUGCAACACUCUCCUGGGAGCCUCCCCAUCCCGGAUCUCUGAGACACCGCGGAACUGCAAGGAAAAUCAUGAAACCUUCAGAGGUUUUGGGUAAAGUUUAAGGAAAAGUCAUCGUGUAUUGUUAAUUGGCUAAUUGAAUACGGCGAUAUCGACAUGAAUUCAUCUUCUGACAAUACAUCAAAAUUAAGAGCAUAGUGCCAGUCCUCGGAGGCCCUCGCUGGCAGGGGACUCUCCAAGGACGAGGCUGAGGAGAACCGCGAUGACUCCGAGAUCCGGACGCUGCAAGAGCUGGUCUCUGCGUGCCGCCAGACCUCCAUGUGUACAGAGCCACCCACUAUGUAGUCCUUAGAGCAAGAUCAGUGUUCACCGUAGUUUGAAAGAGAUCUAUUAUUGUAUUUCAAUUAUAAUCAGAGGUAAAUGUUGAAUUAAUUCACUAUUGAACAUGAUGAGAAAAAAGUUUAAUAACAGGUGCAAAUUGGGGCGAUAAAAUGGAAUGUACGAACCCGAAAACAAUUGCUUCAACUACCCAUCUUCUGAAUGUCAAAAUCAUAACCAUCUACGGAUGAUAAUGUUUGUUUCUGAGAUGAUUUUUAGAUUUUGAUAAUGCAAAAUAUAUGUAUCUUUAUCAUUUCUGUUGUAACUCCCCCUUUCUUGUUUACUGAUAUUCCAUAUUUACCUUUAGUUUGAUUUGAUGAUAUCCUUGGUUAUGCUUGUGAUGACUGGAGAAUGAAGAGAAAUAAUUGGUAAUUCCCAAUGUAUCUUACAGUUUAGGUUCCACAACACCUGCCCCGUCUCUUCUUGAGUCCGUAAAUAAAGUUAUUAUCCACCCAAAGCAAAGAUCUCAUUACUAUUGAUAGACGUAGAAAGGUUCACCACCGCCUAAUUUGACUGUCCUAUUAGAGGAUUGAAUUCCCCGCCAUAGCUGUUUCUUGCAUCAGGUAGAGACGGAACAGAUUUGAAAAUGUAUAAAGGAAUGGGGUGUGUAGAGCGCACCCAGUCGCAUUAUGUUCUAAAUCGUGUGUGUGUUGCAUGAGUCUAGGAUGCAAUUUUGUAAAAUAAAACUAAAAUUCAUUUUAA